AUGGUCGGUACAGCCAUGCUAUGGCCUAUCUUAUCAAGAUACAGAAACAUGAUGACCGAAAGAGUCCCACCAAGGAGCCAGAACCCAAUAACUCCAAGAAGAUGGCAAUCCCCAGGCUCCCUGAAGGGGCAGAGGCUGCCUUCAGUUCCCUCGGACGAUUUCACCGCCGCCAUGUCCGCCGAGCCUGUGAAUCUUGCCGCCAACGGAAAACAAAAUGUACCGGUGACAAGUCUGGCUGCAGGAACUGUCGGGAAGCCGGGAUCAUCUGUUGCUAUACUGACGGUCCAGGCUUACGAGGAAGUCAUUCGAAAGAUCAGUCUCCGUUUCGGAGUUUCAGAUGAGCAAUUGAUGAGCAGUGCAAUGACAGUGGACGCAAGCCAGGCUGGUCUCGGCUCCCAGUCUGAUAUAACAUCGGCAAUUUCGCGAGGUCGAGAGCUUCUCUGUGGCGAGGGUGCGGAACGAAGGACCUCACGCUCACCCUCUGCGGGAUCCCUCGGUGAGACUGACCGAGUGGAAGAAGAUUUCAAUAGAGACGAAUCUGCACGCGCAACCGGUUUCAUUGGGAAAAGCUCAGAAAUAUCGUGGCUGCAGAGACUGUGCAGAGAAGUUAAUGGUGAAGCUGCUAAAAAAUCGGAUACUCGCACUGAAUUGGCUGAGACUGGACAAUCUUCGCCUCCUCUUACCCCGGGGAGAGAUGGUCAGAAUGACGCCCUGAUAGCAUCCCUGAAUUAUUAUGCAGACAAUAUGGACAUGGGUCUCCCCGAACAGGUCGACUCUCAUGAAAUCCCUCCGCGUGAAGUCGCCAAUAGACUGUUCGUUCAUGCCGAGUGGGAGGCCGAAGAAAAUGACCAUGUUGUUUACUUUUCGCGGGCGAGGGUACUCAGUAUGAAAGAUCCACUGUUCGAUCACCCAGAUCUGCAGCAGCUGCAAGUCGAAGGUUUAACAUGUUUUUACCUCUUGGCAACGGGACAGAUCAACAGAUCCUGGAAGGUCUCCGGAAGCGCAGUUCGAGGAGCCAUGGCACUUGGACUUCACCUGAGGAACGUCGGGAUCUAUACAUCUGAUACCUCCAAGGAAAUCCGAUAUCGUGUCUGGUGGUCGUUAUAUACUAUGGAUCACCUGCUCAGCGUGAUGACUGGACGACCUUCUUGCAUCAUUGACUGUACCUGCACAACACCUCUCCCGAUUCCCUUUGACGAAAGUGAAUUUCAGAAGGAAGAGGUGGCCCAGCUGCUCAGUAACCCAUCGCGGAAGGGUUUAUGGGUCCAAGAUUGGACUCCACCCUGCUCCAGCAUACCCAGUCCAUCUCAAGCCGAUGAUCCAACCACAGAGCUGGGUGUGUCGAAAGGUUCAGAGACAGCAGCUGGUGAAUGGCUCAAGUCGCUCCCGCCAAGCAUGUCACUAUAUUUCUUCCACCUGGCGACCCUCACUUCGAUCGCCAAACGAGUCAACAUGAAACUGUACAGCGCCGAGGCUGUGCAAUCACCUUGGCCCAGCCUCGAAUUCACCAUCCAAAGUCUCAUCACGGAGACUAAUUCGUGGGUGCUGAAUCUCCCCGAAACGUAUGAUUUCACUUCGGCACAGACAUCACAAUCUACGGUGACUCAGAAAACGGGCCUCGCGUUUCCGUACUACAGCACGAAGAUCGCGAUUACGCGACCGUGCCUCUGUCGUCUGGAGCGGCAUUGUCAGACCGACGGAACCUAUGACUUCUGCAGCAAGACGGCUGCCGAAUGUGUGGAAUCGGCUUCUCAAAUCAUUAAGCUCCUCCCUGAAACUCCCGAUGCAGUUUUGCUGAAUAAGAUCACACCCUGGUGGUGUUCACUGCACUACAUCAUGCAGGCCACCACGGUGCUGCUCUUGGAGCUGUCGUUCCGAGCCGAGCACGUCCCUGAAAAGGGCGUCGAGGUCUCUCAGACGGCCAAAAAGGCUGUGGAAUGGCUCCACGAGCUGUCGAAAUCGAGUUCGUCGGCCCACCGAGCAUGGAAGCUGUGUGACGACUUUCUGCGGCGUCUGGCGCCCCAGGUGGGCAUUGACGUCAGCGAUCUGCCAGGCGAUGAACCGGCGAUUGAUCCGGCAGUCAAUUUCGUGGCUGCUUUGGACAGCGUAUCCUGCUCGCUGAUGGAUCAACAGAUCCCGACGCCGAUGCCGUUCGUGGAACAGCCAGACGGCCUCGAUUUUCUCAGACCAGAGAAGCAGCAGCAACAGCAGCCACAGUCGAGCCUGCGUAGCAGCAGUUACGACGACUAUCUGCCUUAUGACCCGGCCACCGGCCAAAUCACCGGAUCGUUCUUCCCUCCAUCGACCAACAUCGACCUUGAUCUGGGAUAUAUGUGGGACAGUUCUCCUGUCUACUAG